UGUCGUGUCGUCACGUGUUUCCACAGAGACCAGGAAGUGCCGUGAGAAAUGAUUUGCUCCGGAUCACUGUGACAUUACAGGAAACAGGUCGAUGUGAUGGUUCGGGCAGUGGCGAGGGAAACAUGGAGGCUUGUUUUCUAGGCGGGCUCCUUCUCUUCGCUCUGACCACUUCGACAUCAGGAGGCGAUGGACAGGUGACCUUCGUGUCGGAGCUCUCAUCCAAACCAGCUCAGAAGUUGUCCAAGUACGGUUGGUAUGGCAACGUGAGGCUGCAGAGGUUUCACAUCCCGGAGGAGACCGCCGUCGCUCGCUGGCUGUUCUCCAUCACCAAGCUCCAGAACUUCCACUGUGGACAGAAAAACGUCACCGUCCAUAUUCGAUGGGGUGCCCCUCCAGUUAUAAACCUGAUAGGCUCGGUGUUUCCCAAUGACACACUAUGGAGUCCUUGCCUGUCUCUGACCCUACCAGUAGCAUUACACAGCUCCAUAACCUUUAACCACUCCGACCCUGCUCCCGGUAAUUGGUACGUUGCUGCCCACUUGCCUCAGGAUGACGGGCGCAUCGAGCAGAAGGGUCUUCUGUCCUGCGCUUAUUUCUUCCAGCCUCAGUUAUCAAUCAGGAGAGCGGUGGACACACCUGUUUUACAGCAGGGCACAUUCCUCCAGCAGACCACUGCACCUGACAGACCGGCUCGCCUUAAGUUCUAUGUUCCAGAGUUUGCCUCUUCUCUCUCCGUCUCUGUGGCGGACUGUUCUUCAGGGGAGGGAGCAGACACUGGGAACUGUUCACUGGUCGUCAGACUGGGCUCCUCCUCUCUGCAGCAGGGCCCAGUAUCAAUGAACUGCUCAGGGACUGGCUGCUCUGCUGUGCUGCCUAACCCGCCUUGGGACACCUGGCUACGAGUUGUCGUUGACAGCAGCCAAGACAACCGCACUGUGACCUUUAGUAUCAUCGCAAACUACACAGUGGGUUGUAAGCCAAAAAGUGUCGGCCUUAAAGCAGACGAUGACCUUAAGAAGCUCCGUGGAAACAGUAACUCAACAUCAGCAGGCAACAGCUCACUGGCUCCAGCCACGGUCGCCUUAAUCAAUGACUCAGCAUCACCGCUUACGUUGGAGCCUGCGUGUGUGUGGAGCAUCCCCGUGCUCUACGAGGAGGUGGACGUUCUGUCGCUGCGGUACACCCCCGUCAGCGGACCCAACGUCAGCGUCACAAACACACACCCCACGCUGCUCACCUACCCCCUGCACACGCUAGCCACUGGUGGAACACUCAACGUGCAGCUCACACUCAACUCUACUGCUGUAAUGCUGGGGAACAGUAGCAGUGUGGUGGCCUGUCUGUCUCAAUGGGCUCCAGUUCUCGAUUUUAACCAGUCUCAACCCUGCAGCACAGGUUUGUUUGGAGGUUAUGGCCUUCAGGUGAAUGCCACCGUGACUAAAGCUGUGGUCAGGCUGCCGUUCCCUGAGUCAGCAACAUGGUACCUCACCCUGCAGCUCACAUGCAAUAGCUCUGAUUGCGGUAACACAUCAGUGGUGCAUGUGAUCCCAGAGGUGUUUGUCAGUGCCUGUGUCGAGGAUUGUGGGACAUACGGUGAAUGUAGACUACUGAGAUCCUACAGCUACCUGUACGGUGCCUGUGUCUGCAAGGCUGGCUGGAACGGUUGGGGCUGCACUGAUGAUUCAACAGCUCAGUCGUACGGGCGCCAGCUGACCGCUACUCUGCUUCUGGCUCUCAGUAACGUGAUCUUCCUGCCUGUUACUGUGGUGGCCAUCAAACGCUACUACUUCACAGAGGCGUCCGUCUACCUCUUCACCAUGUUCUUCUCCACGUUCUACCAUGCGUGUGACCAGCCGGGUAUUGCUGUAAUGUGUAUAAUGGACUACGAUACCCUGCAAUACUGUGACUUCCUGGGCUCUGUCUGUUCCAUCUGGGUCACCAUCCUGUGCAUGGCUCGCAUCAGAGACGUGUUCAAAUAUACUCUGUUUUUGCUCGGGACUCUGCUGAUUGCUAUGUCAAUGCAACUGGACCGCAAAGGCCUGUGGAACCUGCUGGGCCCCGUCCUCUGUGCACUGGUGAUCAUGGUCACUGCAUGGGUGUCCCGGGGGGUGCGGCGGCGACAUUGCUACCCGCCUUCUUGGCAGCGCUGGGUCUUCUACCUGAUCCCGGGGGUGACCUGUGCCCUCGUCGGGAUAUGCUUGUAUGUUUUCGGUGCAACAGAGGCGAACUACUACUACACACACUCACUGUGGCACAUCCUGAUGGCCAGCUGCGUGAUGUUCCUGCUGCCGCCGAAGGAGAAGGACAGGGAGACGUUGGGCUGGAGCAGAGGCUGGAGCUGGAACUGGAGCUGGAUCUGGACCUGGAGCUGGAGACCCCGGGUUUGUGGGUACACUCUCUGCGAGAACGGCAAGGAGGAGCUCUACACUGUCACAUAGAGGGAUCAGAGAGGCUGUAAGGAAGCAAAGUGACUUGGUGUUGAUUGGUAAACAUCUCUAUAAGCUCCACAAUGUCUUUAAGUCUCUGACUCUUCAAAGUUAGACCUAUAUUCUCUUACAUCAGCUGAUUUCAUAUUCACCUUCUCCUCUAGUGAGAAACUGUUCUCAUGGAUCUUAAACCACUAGUGUUCAGACACCGUAGAUACGCAAACACCCCUGAAACCUGCUGAAACCUCUAAGGUGGUCCUCUGCACCAGCUUAUGUAUAAAUCAAACCCUUCAGGUAGCAGACCACCUGACCUUUGACCUCAUGACCAGGAGUUUGUACAUGGUCUAUAUGUACAUAUUUUAUUAGACUAGAGUAUGAAUGUGUGAAAUAUUUAUAAGUAAUAGCACUUUGUGGAGCUCUUCUGAAUCUUUCCUAUUCAGUCUGUCCCUGACUUUGCGGAUAAAAAAUAUGGUGUAUUUAUAGUUGAUGUGAACACUCCUCCAGUGUUUUCAUUUGUCCCACAGACCAGGGUGGAAAAGUGAUUGAUAAAACUGGCUCCACUCUAAGUUUAGCUCCAAGCGUUUUCCAGAGCUCUCAAACCGUAUCACAUGGUCUUCGUUCACCUGUUCACACCUGACAUUGCCAUCCAUCCGGAAUACCUCUCCUGUGACCACUUGUGAUCAGAUCUCACUUUUCAGCUGUUCGCGCGUCGGCACAUCAGAGAGAGAGAGAGCAUUUUGAUCAUUAUGCUGUGAUCAGUGUUGAUAUUGGUCACCACAAAUCAAAAGAGGAAAAACACAUUUGAUAAACUCUGAAACUGUGGGUCGGGACAUCAGCCGAGUACAGUCCUUCAUAUGGGACCCAGAACACAUUUGCAUUCACACAUUGAAAAGAGUGUUACCAAGUGCGUCCCACCCAGACCACCAUGCGGUCGGAGUGAUGGGAUCUCAGGACGCUUUGAGGAUCAUUCAGACCUGAUCUAAAAGAUGUCCCCUUGUGAUCGUAUCACUCUGGGCAUAUAUUAUACCAGGUCCUGACAGGGUCUAGUUAACUGCAGGACACUGAAUAAGAAUAAUAAAGAAUAGUAUUUAAGAAGAGUAAACAAACAUUUACUUCACAGGAACCAUUUAAAACCAGUGAAACCGCUUGUUUGCCAAAGUCUGAUGAACCCUGUCUCAGAUGCCUUCCCAUCACGCCGACAUCAGCCUCUCAACUCUCCUCCACAGAUCAGCAGAUUCAGUGAUUCAGAUACCGAAUGCCUCCUCAUCCCAAUCCAUGUCUUCAAACACCAAAUGUCUUGACGUUGUGUUCAUGUGCAGACGCAUACGCUGCCUGAUUGGAAACCUACUGUCGUCCUGCGUGUUUAUCCUCCCUCUUAAAAGCCUCACCUCAUUUUACCAGCAGCCAUUCUGAAGCACUUUUAUGAUUAUAAAGCUGAUUCCCCUACAUAUUGGUCAUAGCCCAUACAGUAUGUGUAUGAAUGGGCACCUAAUGAAUGUAUAUUGAGAUUGCUGUGUCCAGUGCCUCCUCUAUGUACUGUGUGAAUCGGUUUUGUCUUCUGCGUACUUUCUUUUCCUAAGGCACCGUCUGUGUCUGGUCUAUUUGCACUGUUUGAUUUUUUCCAACCUGCAUUGCCUUCCUUUCUUUGUUUUUCUCCUGUGUGUGGGUGUAACUAAUUUAUUUUUUGUCACAUUCAAGUAUGCUGUUAUGAUCAACAAACUACGACAACAAUCUACCGUGCUCAUUGCAUUUAAGGAUGAAGACAUUUAAUGUUUGAUGUAAAACGUGGUUUUAAUUUCCUACUCUCCAAUCUGUUCAAAACCCAAACACUUGCCUAUCAAAAAUAAAUAUUUUGUAUAAAAAGAAA